UUCGCUCUCUCGAAGUAAUGUUUCCCCAAGCUGCGCAUGGUUACUGUCCAAGGUAUCAGUUUCGCCUGGCUCUUAGGGAGAGAGGGAGGAUGUUAUAGACGAGCAGCCGCCGUUAGCAGAUUCACUGUAGCAUAUAGCCGGGUACUCUCUACGCAUGAAUAGAACUGACCAGUUUUAUGUGUGUGAGCUGCGGUACAAGUGCAGAUGUUGCUGGGGAGAGAGCCUAUGGACUGCCGGUAGAAGUCAGACUCUACUUGAUUCGGGUCCAAGUCCUGUCUCCUGCUCGGUGCUCUGGACAUCCUUAAACCAUUUACAAGAAGGACCUAUUGCCUAUGGAUGAGGUUAUAUGUGGAAUUUAGAAACCGUUUACUACUGUUACUUGUCCAGGAGUAGACUGUACUGCAGGAAGGACUGGGAGAGUAAGAGACUGCCGUCCGGCAACAACUUUUUCACAUCCCCGCCACUGCUACUUUGAAGAAUCGCAAUGAAAGAAAGCUAUUGUGGGUAUGAGAACCAGCUCUUUAAAGAAGAGGACCUUACUGGGGAGGAAGAAAACAUGCCUUCCUUUAGAGGAAGAACCAGAGGUGGCUGCGUGAAAUGUCAGCAGACACGGUCUCUACAACUGGCUGUGAAGGUGCUCUAUGGAUUCUUUGCCUUCCUCAUCAUAGCAGUGGCAGUGCUGGCUUCAGUAGUGUUUAGGAAGGUCGACAACUUAUCAGAAGAGGAAUCCUUUUAUCAUAAGAAGAUUACCAAGGUUCAGGAAAGUAUUCAAGACCUCAGUACUACCAGCAACUGCACGGACUGUUUCAACGUGGCCCACUUCAGUGAGGAGAUCAGUAGGCUGAAGAGGGAGUUUGAGGACCUCCAAAAGAUGAUCCUCGGACAAGAGCAGAUCCUGGACCAGGCCUCUCAAACCCAGCAGACGCUGAAGGCCACCAGUGGUAGGAUGACCCGAGACAUGCAGAGCUACUCCCUGUCCAUCAGGCUCAUCAACCAGUCUCUGGAGCGUUACUUAGAACAGGUGGAUGGAUGGAAGGCGGUCAUAACCGAGACGGAUGAGAGUAUGAAGACCCUGUCUGAGGAUCAGUAUGACCUCAAAGCCACCGUGAAUCAGGUCAACACCACUGUGGCCCUCAACUCCUUGUGGAUGGAUGCGCUGCAGAGGAAGACCGAUGAGGAGAUGUUAGUUCUGCAGAAGAUGACCGCGGACUGGCAAAACUACAGCCGGGUGUUGAGUGGUCUGAAGUCCAACUCCAGCGCAACCACUCAGACCGUGAGGAGCAUCCAGAGCGGCAUCUCCAUCACACACCAGAGGAUCAGCAUGAGCUCUGAGAUGGUGCACGACCUCACCCUGCAGGUGAUGAACCUGCAGAUGCAGCUGGACAACGUCACCUCCUUCAUGGACGAGCAUGAGGAGAACAUGCACGACCUACACUACCACUCCAAGUACUACCAGAACCGAACGGGUGAGAGGUUCGUCACCCUGGAUGCCCGCAUGGAUUCCAUCGAGAUGGAGAUCAAAACCAUCUCAUCCAGCAUCAAUGCCACGGUGAGCCACGUGCAGAGCAUGUACAAAUACAUCAACAUCGAAAGCACGUCUUGCCAGAUGAGGCUGGGCAGUCACACGGAGGAUCUGCUGAACCUGAACAACACGGUGCUGCUGCUGAUGCACCUGGCCGACACCCUGAGGCAGCAGUACAUGUUGCUGAGUGUCCGUCUGGACAUGGACGUCAGGAACCUGUCCAUGGUUACAGAGGAACUGAAGCUAGUGGACACGCACCACACCCAGCUCAUCCAGAACUUCACCAUUCUGAAAGGUGCGCCUGGCCCUCCAGGUCCAAAGGGGAACAGAGGGGAAGGAGGGGCCAAAGGUCCAGUUGGCCUAACUGGAAACAAAGGAGACAAAGGCCCAGCAGGGAAUCAUGGCCCUAUGGGAGAGAAGGGCUUUGCCGGGCCUAAGGGAGUACAGGGGGAGCCAGGACCAACAGGGACCAAAGGAGUUGGUGUCAAAGGGGCGAAGGGUUCUCUGGGUCAACCAGGCCCUCGUGGUGAAAAGGGAGAGAAGGGAGACAUGGGUACUAUCGGUAAGGAUGGAACACCAGGCCCCAUAGGGCCCCCGGGAAUUCAGGGCCAGGUAGGGUUCCAGGGAAUGCAAGGGCUUCCUGGUCCCAGAGGAAAGCCAGGGCCUGCUGGUCCACAUGGGCCUCCAGGAACCCCUGGCCCACCGGGCCUGCCAGUUUACCAAUCCACAGUGUCUUGAGGGGCCCUGGGGUCUGAUCAAAACAAGGACAGGACAAGUCUCCUUUGGAUUUGGUGAUGUGGCUUCUGGCAGCCUGGCAAAGGGGUGUGUGAUAGAAGCAGAUAAAAUAUUUCACUCUUAAGCUUUCCCCUUCAUGAUAUACUCAAUGGUUUUCAUUGGACACAUUCAUAUAAACACAUAUCCAUACAAGCAUGUUCAGGUACAAAGGGGGGUAGAAGAGACUGCAAAGUUGAAGAUAACAAAAAGACUGAAAUAUUUGUUUUAACAGAUACAUUGCAACUUUACUGUACAGCUGAAUGUACUAUGUUUAAAAGAACCACAAAACCCUUAUGAAGGCUUCAUAAAGCUCUAGGUUUACAAUGCCAUGCACUUUCAUGAGGGCAGUUAAGUACUGAUUGAUUUUGCACACAGUUGUGUGAAAUGUAUUGAGUUGAAUUAGAUAGCACUUUAAUGGUUUUAUAAAGUGUAGAAACUACAGUCUGUUCUUACGUGUUUUUGCAUGUUUUAUGUUUCAGAGCAGGUCCUCUGAGUACUGACAGGUCAUAGAAAACAGGUCAUAGAGUGUAAUAGUAAGGGACGAAUGAAAUUGCAGAAGAACUAAAGGUGUCUACCUGGGUGCAUGAGUAUGGAUGUCCUGAAUUUUUCUCAGCAAUUGAACAUUUCCCAAAUUACUUAAAAGGCACAGUUUCAGAAGACAUGUUGUUUGUUUCAUGCUAUAUUUUGCUAUUUUACAUUGUUUCCAUAUUUGAAAGUGUAAAUAAUAUACUUCAUGUUUGUUUAUUUCUUCCAUUGUUUUCAAUGUUACAAUUCAUAUUAAUCUCUGCACAUAAUCAGAUUUUUGUGAUGAUCUGUGUGUUUUAACACCAAACAUGUUAAAAUGUGUUAAAUAAUAAGAGACAAAUGCUAUUUUUGUAAUCCUGUGUCAUUUUUAUGAACAUGCGACUGGCUUGCAUAGUUCAAUAAAUCAGUAAAUGCUACCAUUCUACUCCCCUAAGCAUGACAUUUUGCAGUAGCAAGUUCUGCUUCUCCUUAACAUAUUUGAACUUUAAAAGUUAAUGAUAAACCUAUUUUGAACUCACUUUGUGUCUGGUAGAAGGCUCUGAUGUAGAUGCCAGAAGUCGUUUCUACUCAGUCCAAAAUGGAGUGGUUUUGCAGAUUAAUUAAGAACAUACAUGCUCAAAAAUGUCUGCAAUUUAAAUGGAUCCCUCACAUAAAACAACUGUAGUUACUCAAAGUCUUUUAGUUGUUCGAGAAAUGUCCACAUGUUCUGUGGAUAUCAGGGUGCAUUGUUCUUACAGUGUAUAUAAAAGUCUACACACCAAAAAAUAUGCCAGGUUUUUGAGACUUUUUCCACCUUUAAUGUGACCAAUAAUGUGAACAAUUCAAUUGAAAAACAAACUGAAAUCUUUUA